ACGAACGCUGCGCACCCUCAACCAAAAACCCCCAUGGAAAUGGAGCAAUCUUCGGGCUCCGAUCAUCACCCGGCCCCCUUCUUCCCGUGGGACCUCCUCCCCUUCGCCCUCCAAGAAUCCAUCCUCUCCCUCCUCCCCGUCUCCACCCUCGCCCUCUGCCAGUCCGUCUCCCGCUCCUGGCGCUCCACCAUCCGCUCACCCACCUUCCUCUCCUCCCUCCGCCCCCGCCGCCGCCACGCCGACGACCUCUACCUCAUUCUAUUCACCGACAACUUCUCCCGCGCCGCCGCCUACCGCCCCUCCGGCGACCGCUGGCUCACCCUCGCCCUUCCCCCCUCCCUCUUCUCCCCCCUCGCCUCCGCAGGCGGCCUCGUCGUGGCCGAGGACGACUGCGGCCGCCUCGCCGUCUACGACCUCUUCUCCGGUGCCUCCCUCGCCCUCCUUCCUAACAUGGCGAGCGUUCUCCAACCCUACGCCCUCGCUCUCAUCGAUGAAUUCCCCUGGCCCCAUUACACGAUCGUCGCCGUCAGCACCGGCGAUCGCGUCUAUUCACAGGUCUUCGACUCCCGUUCUGGCCGGUGGGAGCUCAAGGGCCAGUUCCCCGGCCGAUUCGCCGUCCUCGGCAAUGCCGUGUUAUUGGAUGGCCUACUGCUCGUCCUCAGCCAAGGGCCCGAUCAUCUAUUGACCUUCGAUCCGAUCGGCGGCGAGUGGAACCUCAUAGACGUGGCGAUGCCGCCGGUUGUUUGUUCCCAUAUCUUUGAUUUUGAAAAUUGUUUGUUCUUGGUUGGGGGCGUGGAGGAGGUGGGAUGCAUGGCUAGGGUUGGGAUUUGGGAGCUCGAUUGGCCAAAGAAAGAAUGGAGGUUGAUCUGCUUCAUGCCUGAUGGAUUUUUCAGAAAAUUUGGAGGUCGCAGGCUCGAUCAUUUCGAGACGGUAGCUCGGAGGGGGAUUGUUUGUUUCUACAACACUCUAGAUGCUACUGUGUUAAUGUUUGAUUUGCCUGCGAGGAGGUGGUGGUGGCCGCCGCCGUGUGAUGUAAUCACUAGGAGCAGAAUGUUUUGGUUUGGGCAUGCGAUAGAGCCUCGUAUUGAUCUGUUGAAAGGAUCCAAUGGAAGAUUUCCUUGCCACAAGUUAUUCGGACUUGGGCAGUGUUUCACAAGAGCAAAAGAAAACUUUGUGGUACCAUAUUGCACGUGAUCCUAUUUUCAAUUGUUUGGUCUGCUUGCUCUGUUAACCAGCAUCAAUUAUGGGAGAGGUUACUUGAAAGUUGGGAAAAUAUCUGAUAUCAGGCGGCGUUUUCAGGAAUGCAGAAUUGAAGGGAGCAACAGGAGAUCCUAAAUCAAAAUUGUUCGGGAAUUGGGAGAGUGCGCUGGGUCUUCUGAAGAUAUUCGUGAUUAUUUGGAUUUCUAGCUUAAUUUAGUUAGGCUGGUUUAGUUUAGUUUGAACAUUUUAUUCGAUUUGAACAAUAAUAAUUAGUUGGAAUAUUUUGACUUAUGUUAGUUUGGAUAAUUGAUUAUGAGGAUGAUUUGUUUAGAUCUUGAAUAAAUUAAUUUUUGAGGAUUGAAUUAUUAUUAUUAUUUUGAGAUUAUUAUGAUUUGAUCGGUAGCUUUGCCUGCUUGUAUGAUCUGCCCUGCAGGUAUGCGGCGUCUGUUAUGCUCUAGGUUCGGAACGUGAUAGAUAGUCAACUUGCAUUUUUGCCAACCGAUUGGAACCAAUAUACUCCUCAAAUUUUUGUAAAUCAAGUACGAAAUUAUUGUAUAUUUUAUCAAAUUUAAUGGUCUCCACUCAUAUUUCCUCCAAUAGAGAUUCCUUGAUUAAUUCCAUACUGA